CUUUUACUCUUUUGUCAUGUAACUGACUCUCCCCUAUGCUCUAAACACAAAGAGAAUAUUGGGAUAUUUCCAAUGAAGACGGAGCUGAACAAGAGACACAGAGACCCUCCACGAAAUGCUGUCUAUUAUUCCUUUGGAUAUCUCGGUAUCCUCAACUCUUGCCAAAGUCUCACCUUUCAAUAACAGUUUUAAGAAACCAACCUCUUUCCCAUCCAAGCUUUCACCUUCCUCUGAUGAAUUCUCUCUCCUUUCUCUCUCCCACUCAGGAAUUUGCAGGGCUAGUCAAGUUGUUGAUUUGUUCCCAACCGUGUCCCCCGAAAUUAUUGUCCGCGAGGCAAGGUUGGAGGACUACUGGGGAGUGGCAGAGACGCACUGCAAGUGCUUCUUCCCUGAAUAUUCCUUCCCAUUAGAUUUUGUGCUGAGGAUAGACAGAUUGGUGGUGGCUAUGUUAGCAGCUAUGUUAGCCGGAUUCUUUAGGCCUAGAGAUUGCAGAAGAAUCUGUUUGGUGGCUGUUAUUGACAGCUCACUUGAUGAGUCAUUUUCAUUUGAAAGUGAGGGUCUCAAGAUUGGUGGUUUUGAUGGGAAAUUCAGCCUCAACAAGGGCUAUGUGGCUGGUAUAUUAACAGUAGACAAUAAUGCAGACUUUUUACCAAGAAAGGGGCCACGACGACAUAGAAGGACUGGAAUUGCAUACAUAUCAAAUGUGGCGGUCCGGGAAAAUUUUCGGAGAAAGGGGAUAGCUAAGAAAUUGAUAGCAAAGGCAGAGUGUCAUGCCAGAAGUUGGGGCUGUCGUGCCAUUGCAUUGCACUGUGACUUGAACAAUCCUGUGGCCACAAUGUUAUACAAAGGACAAGGUUACAAAUGUAUCAUGGUUCCAGAAGGAGCAAAUUGGCCUCAGCCAAGAACCUCACCAGACAUCAGAUUCAACUUCAUGAUGAAACUUCUCAAAAAUUCACUUGGGAGGAAGUAAUAUUUAUUCUAUAACACAUUAUCUAUUAUAUAUAUAAAAAAACAAAAAACAAAAGGAAGUGUUAGGGGAGGCUGUCUAUUAUUGGAAUGUGUAUCUAUAUACAAGCCAAAGAAUUACGUGCAAAAUUAACAUUUUAGUUUGCAUUAUGCCAACUUUAAGCAUUUUAUCGGCUCAA